AACCCUUUAACCGGCAACACCGUAGUAUUACGAAUACAUUCAGCUAAUUGUAGCUAAUUUUAUGGUUUUUACCAAAAUCGAAAAAAUCUAAUGUCGAUUUUCAAGGGUGACAUAUCGAUUCACUGAAUCGAUUCAGUACAAGAUAUCGGCCUUGAUAUCGACUUACAAAAUCGAUGUAUUUGGUUCGAGGCAUCGAUUCUUCGAUUAAUCGAUUUCAGAUCGCCAUCCCCAUGGAGUUUGGACACUUGGACAGAUUAUCUUACCUUUUACCUUAAUCUUUAAUUUUUCGAAACAAAAAAAAAAAAAAAAAAAAUAAUAAUAGAAUGUGAAAAUGUUGUUCUUGUAGUUUGUGAAGUUAUUGAAGUUUAAGUAAUAGACUUAUUGAAAUUGUUUCUACUCUUAUUUUGAAUAAUGGAAUUUACAAUGUUCGCAUUGGCGCUUUUAUUGUUUUCAAUUUCAAUAACUUUUGGCGAUAAAUCGGUGAGGUAUGCUGCUGUUAUAUAUAGACAUGGUGACAGAACACCUGUCAACCCAUACCCAACUGACCCCUGGAGAAAUGAAUCUCUUUGGCCAGUUAAAUUUGGUCAACUAACGAACAUAGGCAAAAGACAACAUUAUGCUCUUGGAAAAUGGCUUAGAAAACGGUACUCGCAUUUAAUAUCUGAAAAAUUUGAUCCUUCUGAGGUAUACAUAAGAUCAACUGAUGUUGAUCGAACUCUUAUGUCUGCUCAAGCCAAUUUAGCAGGGCUAUUUCCUCCUUUGGGUGAAUCCAUAUGGAAUACAAAUUUAAUUUGGCAGCCUAUACCGGUACAUACAAGGCCAGAAAAAGAUGAUGAAGUUUUAGCAAUGAAAAAGAAAUGUGUUCCUUAUAUAAAAGAAAGAGAAAAAUAUUUUCAGUCAACUACUUACAAAGAAGGACUCCGUAAAUAUCAAGGACUUAUGGAUUAUUUAACUGCUUAUACAGGAAAGAAAAUUAAAGAUUAUGAAGAUAUUAAUGACGUUUAUAAUGUACUCUACAUAGAGACUUUAUAUAAUUUUACACUCCCAAACUGGACCCAAUCUGUUUAUCCUAAUAAAUUAAAACAACCAUCAUGUUACAGCUUUGCAACAGCAACAGCAACUCCCCUAAUGGCUCGUCUUAUGGUUGGGCCAUUAUUAAAAGACAUUGUAGCAAAAAUGAAUACUGUAAUACAAAAGAAAAAGCCUAAUCCUCUGAAACUAUCAAUAUAUAGCGCACAUGAUUUCCAAAUUGGAAAUAUCUUAUCUGCUAUUGGAGUGUUUGAUGGAAACUGUCCUGUUUACACUUCCACCAUAUUUUUUGAGCUCUUACAAGAUAACUCUACUAUGAAAUAUUUUAUACAAAUGUCUUAUAGAAACUCAACUGAAAUUGUUGAACCAUACGUUAUGUAUAUACCAUAUUGUGGAAAAAUUUGUCCUUUUGAAAGAUUUCUUAAGUUGUAUGACAAUUUGGUAACUGUUGAUUGGAAUUAUGAGUGUACUAAACAGAUGUCACCUCUUAUUGGACCAUGUUUCUUUUUGGGAUUAUUUGCCCUUAUGUAUGUGGUUCAUAAAAUAAAAUUUAUUAAAGCUGAUAAAAAACGAAGAAUUCAAUUUGCAUACACAAGUGUGUACAACCCUACGGCUGUGCUUGAAAAAAUAUAAAAAUGAAACUAAACACUGAUGUUUAGAUUUUUAAUUGUACUUACAUGACUAGCUUUUAUAGAAGACUAUUUUUAUGAAACGUGGCUGUAAUUUUUAUGAAUAUUAAUAAUUUUUUUAAAAGUUUGAAAAUAUGUAAACAAUGUGAAUGUAAAAUAUAUAUUGGGUAAAAAUCUUAGUGUAAAUAGUGUCAAUUGUUAAAAUACUUAACAAAUUAAUACUUU